CUGGUCUCUACUGCUUCAUCUCAGCUGAAAGUAGAAGUCAAAUAUAGUUUUUAGAUAUAUACGGUCAAGCAGUCAGACAAAAAUGCCGAUGUGCAUGAACAUGGAACUUCAGGGGGACUUUCAAAAGGAGUGUGUUCAGCAGAUAAAAGGAAAAAAGUUAAGUAGGAACGGGAUAAUUAAAAAAUCUUGUAUGUCAGAAUAAGAAGAUUCAGAUUUAUCCAGUAAAAGGCGAUAGUGAAAUACCAAAGAUAAAUUACCAAGAAAUAACAUGAAUAGAUUUCACUUUCAAGGGUAUGAUUCUACUAAAAAAGAGUUACUUUAUGAAUUUGAUCACAUGAAAAUUAAAAAAAAAAAUCUACUUGGCGAAUAGAUCAGAUCAAGAUGGCAGAGGAGCAAGACGUGGAGCUAACCUUCUCCCACAAAUACAUCAAAAUUACAUCAACAUGUGGAUCGAUUCUCAAGGAGCAUCUACUGAACGCUGGCAGAAGACCUCAGAUUUCCAAAAGGGUAAGAAAAUCUCCACGUAACUGGGUAGGACAAAAGAAAAAAGGACAAAAAAGAGAGGAAUCGGGAUGGGACCUACGCCCCUGGGAGGGAGCUAUGAAAGAGGAAAGCUUUCCACACCCUGGGAAGUCCCCUCACUGGCAGGGAAAUCAACCAGGACAGAGGGGGAGCUUCGGAGCCUCAGAGGAGAGCACAGCAACCAGUCUGCAGAGGGCAAAGCAGAGAAAGACCUGCACAGAUGGUUGGUGCUGCUGCCUGGCACUCCCCAGCCUGAGACACUCCUCAGCUGAGGCGGGCGGGGGCUGGGUGGUGAGGCUCGGGAUUUGGAGGUCAGACCCAGCGAGAGGACUGGGGCUGGUUGCCUGGAGACAGCCUGAGGGGGUGAGGGUGAGGUGCGGCACAACUGAGGGAGUAAGGGAAGAGCCUGGGCCCACCAGAGAGGCAAGGCGCCAUUGUGGGGAGUCGUGGGAGGAGAGGAGUGGGACCACCAUAGGAGCUUCUUUCUCUGUGCCCUCUCUCAGGCAGCAGGGCACCGCCUACAUGAGCUCCAGGGGCAGGCAUGAGGCACUGAUGCCAUCUCAGACUCCACAGGUGGGUGCAGAAUGCUGCCACCACCGAGGAUCCUGUGACAGGGUGGCAACCCCUGCCCCUGCCUCCCCAGGAGCAUGCAUGGGCCAUGCACCUGCUCACCCCCUAUCAAGGGGAUAACAGCCAGCAUAAGCUGAGGAAAGAGAUGGCAAGCAUCCAAACCAAAAACAGCUCACAAACCAAAAAAAUACUAAACCCACACAAGCUACACAGAGACAUUCCCACGUAUAAAUAGCCCUCCAAAACUACAGUAGAUAAUUGUUUCUCCUAAACUCACAGAGUAAGAGAAAUAAAACGAAAAUGAAGAAGCAAAGGAACCACUCCCAGUUAAAAGAACAAGAAAGGGACUUCCCUAGUAGCGCAGUGGUUAAGAAUCCACCAGCCAUGCAGGGGACAUGGGUUCAAGCCUGGUCCAGGAGAUCCCACAUGCUGUGGAGCAACUAAGCCGGUGCGCCACAACUACUGAAGCCCGCGCGCCUAGAGCCCGUGCUCC